GCUCAGCUGACAGGCGGCGGCUGGGCUGGGGAGCUUCGAGGAUGGCGGCGUCUGGGGCGCUGAUACUGCGGGAGAGCCCCAGCAUGAAAAAAGCAGUGUCGCUGAUAAAUGCAAUAGAUAUAGGAAGAUUUCCUCGAUUGCUCACCCGAAUUCUGCAAAAGCUUCACCUGAAGGCUGAGAGCAGUUUCAGUGAAGAAGAGGAAGAAAAACUUCAAGCUGCAUUUUCUCUAGAGAAACAAGAUCUUCACCUAGUUCUUGAAACAAUAUCAUUUAUUUUAGAACAGGCAGUAUAUCACAAUGUGAAGCCAGCAGCUUUGCAACAGCAACUAGAGAACAUUCAUCUUAGUCAAGACAAAGCAGAAUCAUUUGUCAAUGCUUGGUCUUCUAUGGGUCAAGAAACAGUUGAAAAGUUCAGGCAGAGGAUUCUGGCUCCCCACAAGCUAGAGACGGUCGGAUGGCAGUUGAACCUUCAAAUGGCUCAUUCCAGUCAAGCAAAACUAAAAUCUCCUCAAGCUGUGUUACAACUAGGAAUGAGCAAUGAAGAUUCAAAGAGCCUGGAGAAAGUGCUUGUGGAAUUCAGUCACAAGGAGUUGUUUGAUUUUUAUAACAAGCUAGAGACCAUACAAGCACAGCUGGAUUCCCUUACAUGAUGUUUUCGAAGACUGGUUUUUCCAUCACACUCCUGCCACCUCAUUAUUUUGCAUUGAAGAUAGAUUGUCUGGUUGUGUUUUCUGAAGGAUUCCGUGGCUUUUUUUCUGUAAAUUAUAUGGCUUAUCACCUCUAAGACAAAUAACAGACAAGGGAGAUCAUUGUUAAGAGUACUGAGGUUCUGAUAUACUUUCUCUGGUUCUGUAAGCCAACAGCAAUUGUUAAGAACACUUUUGUUUUAGAGGGAAAAAAAUGAAUACCAUAUUGUUUUUACUGUUAUGUUGUUGCUUUAUUGCCUGACCUGUUUAUUUUUUACAUACUUGAUGACACCUUUAUGUAUCAAGAAGGGUCCUUGGAUACAAGUUAUAAUGUGUUCUCUAGCAGAAUAUAAAACUUCAGUAAUUACAUUAACAAAAUUUAAAAAACAGACACAUGCAAUCAAAUACAUUAUGACAUUUUUCCUUGAAUAUGAUGAAUAUAUUUUGCUUGGGAAAUAAUAUGAGAAAGAAAUUUAAAAUAGAGCUAGUAGUAUUAUAUCAGCUAAUUUUCAAUGUGAGCUUCUCUGUUCACUUUAAUUUUUUGAGUUUAAUGAUUUAAUAAUAGUCUCUGUUCUUAUGUGUUUUCCUUUGUACGGCAUAUUAGUAAUGAUUCACUUCAUAGUGUGAGAAACAGCUUCAGAUCAUGAAUAAAAAUAAUCAUAAUGAGUGCCAAAUGGGCAUUCUUAAAAUUUCAAAUCAGACAUCUUUUACAUUCUCUUUCUAUAAAUAUGUUCAUUGAUUUCAGUCAAUAAAAUUUUUUGUCUUGGGAUUAGUUGAAGUGUACAGUAUUUUUUAUUUUAUGUAUUUUAUAGUAUAUUUUAUGCUAUGAAUUUAAGUAAAUGUGAGUAUGGUUGCCCAUAAAAAAAAAAACAGUUUAAUUUUUAAUGAAUGAAAUAUCUAUCAUAUUGUUUCCAGAGAAAGAGAGAUUGAUUCAAACAUGACUUUCUUCACAUGAAGGAAAUCAAUUUCAGAAAUAUCCUAUAGUUAAACAAACAAAGCCAUUAAAGUUGAAGUACAUUUCUCGUAUGUUGUAUCUGGGUUAUACCACUGUUAAAUGUCUCUCAAAUAAAUGUUCAGUAUAUGGAAUUUAUGUCCUCAUUUGUUCAUAUGUGU